GCUAUAUGAGCUCUGGAAGCCGCUGACUCGGCCCUUUCCGCCUCGCUCCCUCCCGCUCUCGGGUCGCUCGCCGCGCACAGAUCAAGCCGCGCCGCCGCCUCCCCCCUCCCCCGUGCCGCCGCCCAGCAGCGCCGCCGCCGCCAUGAUCAUCUACCGGGACUGCAUCAGCCAGGAUGAGAUGUUCUCCGAUAUCUACAGCAUCCGGGAGGUCGCCGACGGGCUCUGCUUGGAAGUGGAGGGGAAGAUGGUCACCAGGACAGAGGGUCAGAUUGCUGAUGCUUUAAUUGGUGGCAAUGCCUCCUCUGAAGGUAUUGAAGAAGGAACAGAUCCCACAGUUAUCACUGGUGUCGAUAUAGUAAUGAAUCACCAUCUUCAGGAAACUAGCUUUACAAAAGAGUCCUACAAGAAGUAUAUCAAGGACUACAUGAAAGCAAUCAAAGCCAGACUUGAGGAACACAAGCCAGACAGAGUAAAGCCUUUCAUGACAGGGGCUGCAGAACAAGUCAAACACAUCCUUGCGAACUUCAAAAAUUACCAGUUCUUUGUAGGUGAGAACAUGAAUCCAGAUGGCAUGGUGGCUCUCCUGGACUUCCGUGAGGAUGGAGUAACUCCAUAUAUGAUUUUCUUUAAGGAUGGUUUAGAAACUGAGAAAUGUUAACAAAACGGAGCAACUAUUUUGGAUCACCUGUCAUCAUAACUUGCUGCUGCUGCUCUUUCCUCAUCAACACAACACCAGGACUCAGCAGUGUCUACCAACUGGACUGAUACCAUCUUGAGCUUUAUUCACUUAUUUUUGACCCUGAUUUGGAGUGGAGGCAUUGUUUUAAAAAAAACAAAAAAAACUUGUCAUGUAGGUUGUCUAAAAUAAAACUCAUUAAACCCAUUCUAGGUAA